CUCACAAAUCACCAGGCUAGUUACAACCGGAGGAAGUGACGCCAAUAUUUUGAAUCGAGCCUCUCCGUACAUCCACUGCACAGACCGAGUGAGCAUCCUCCCCCUUGUGCAUUUUGGGGAAAACUUUGAGCUUCAUGUCUCCAUAAUAACCCCCUGUCAUUCACAGCAGGAGUACGUGAUGGACCUCCACAAAAUCAUCCACGGUGCGUUGCACGAAUUUAUUCAGGCUUACAUUCCUGAUGCAGACCUCAGCACCCUGGAUGAUGUUCUUCUGUCCUACAUCACUGGAGUCCUGGAGGAUCUCGGCAGCCAGCAGAGUGUUGAGGAGAACUUUGAUGUGGAGGUCUUUGCAGAGAUGUUAGAAGCUUACAUACCUGGCUUUGCUGAAAUUGACAGCGUCAAAGUCUGUGAAAUGAUGUUCAGUUUGGCUUCAAAACUAGCAUCUGCUCGUACCUCAGCUGAUGAAGAAAACAGUGUGCCUAAGACGAGGGCAGAAGAGAUUUCACUGAAACUUACGACUCUGCCCAGUGAGCCUCCACCAGGUAGAGAAACGCAGUGCCUUAAAACACAGACAGAGGGCGCCACUGCCAAGCUACCAGUGUCUGAGUGGGAGGCCCAGGAACAGCAUCUGCUGGAGAUGUUUCCAAAGUGCAGUCUGUCCGAGGCUCGCAGCGCCCUGUCUAUUGCCAAAGGAGAUAUGGAGGAGGCUGUGCGACUCAUCAUAGAGGGCGAUGUCCAGCUCAGCCCCAGUCCUCUUAAUGUAAACCAUGGGAAGAACAUUUCCUCACAGGGAGACCAGAAACUUAAAGAGAGCAUUCUUGAGAAGUACAUGCUAGUGGACAGUGAGGAAGAUAACAAAACGCACCGACCCGUUGCCCCCAAAGAUGCUCCAAAGAAGCUAGUCCGUUACCACGGGAACCAGGUGGUAACCACGAAGGGGGAGCGAUACCAACUCGUGAAGAAAGACGAGGCCGACGACAUGAAGAAGACGUACGUCAACCUCAAGCCCGCGCGAAAGUAUCGAUUCCAUUGAUGACGAACACAGUACUGUAAGAGCAGCUAAUGAUAAUAUUGUUUACACGAGUUUUUUAUUUAUUACAUAAAUAGCUACAGUUUGUUCAUUUUUUUUUCUCAAGUCAAGAACUAGUUUUAUUACUGUCAGUGGCUUAUUUUGAAAAAUGGUAACUGUUUUAGGCCUUCGUUAAAACGUCAUAUUACCAUUAUUUGCAUUACUGUUUACUUGAGGACCUUAAGGAAUUCUGUGUGAUGUUUUAGUUAGGAUGUGGUCAGUGUGCUCUUGUUUGCGUAACAGACUUACCUGUCUACUUUUGGCCAUCUCAGCAGGUCUGACGUUGCACUGACGGCAUUGUGUUUUUUUUUUAAACUGUAUUUUCUUCAACCCAUUAGAAUUUAAAAUCAUUAUUAUGACAUAGUAAAUGAAUCUAUAUUACUUUCUGUAAAUACGUUCUAGUGGUGCUGUAGAGUCUCUUCUGGAUGGUCUCAACUGCUUUUUUCUAUGUAAAUACUAUUAUUUCAAGGAUGCCAAUUUCAUUUUAAGUUACUUUUUUUAUAUAUAUAUAUAAUAUAAUAUAGGAUUAUAGUGCUGUAAAUAUGUUUGUUCAGGACCUGAGAUUUGGACAGUUUGUUGAACUAUAAAACUGAUAACCUUGGUCAUUAUGGGCACCGAGUCCUAAGCAGCCUGAGAGUAAAUAUUAGGCAUCGAUUCAAUGUAGCCCCGGAAAAACAAGAGGUGGACAAAUCUUUUUCACUCGCCUUAUUUUUUACUCACUGAAGCAGAAUAAGCUAUCGAACAAGCCAAUAAUGAAGGUGAAGGUUAUUAGAGUUAUUAGAGCCCAAUAAAUUCAUUUUCCAAUACGUCUCCAGACUUCUACAGCGCUAUAAUUUCUGGCAUGAUUAUGUGAGAGCUGCGGUCGUCUCCCCCGACACAUUGAGCGACAGAUGCUGCAGGAGGACGUCGGUCUUAAAGUUCAUUCCAGCAGUAUUCUCUUUAUUUUUGAUAGAGAUGUUUAGAUUUACAAAAUAUCCAGUCAUGUGUCCGUGAGGACGGACGUGUGUGUGUGUGUGUGUGUGCGCGUGCUUUCAGGGUCUGUUUACAUAUGAAAAGGAGCGUUUCUGUCUCGUGGCUCCUCUCAUCUCAUUUGUAUUCUGUUCAUUUUGCUCGUAAUUGUCGUGGUAUGAUUUCAUUCUCAUUUAUUAAUUGUGUAUUCUAGGCUCAAUGGGUUGAUCAGGUUUACUUUACUAAGAUAUACCGUUGUUUAUUUUGCUCCCCUCUGCAUCCGAUUGGAGCAAUUGUAUAAAUUGUUUUGGUGGCAUAGUAUAGGUUUUUUUUUUUUUUUUUUUUUUUCCCCUGAGUGUAGUGUAACAAAGAUGUAAGAUGUGUUGUUACUGAUACUUGUCGUUAUCAGCAGCAAUGUUAUCUUGAAUUACUACGAUAUGGUGGUGGUGUAACUGUAGAGCAUGGAAUGGAUUUCCUGAAGCCGUUUAGUCACUACUGAGUUUUAACCCCCUGCUUUGAGAAACUGUCGACGCACAAUUUAUAGUAAAUAAUAAUUUUUGUAGACUACA